AUGUUUGAGGGCGAGCGGGUUUUCUACUCUAACAACAGGUCAGACCCCCACGGCUUCGAGCCCGAUGAUGGAGGCCCCGAAUCUCUGCCGUCUUUGAAACAGGCUCGUCUAUUCUUUGAGCAGUACCUGCACCACGGAAGUGGGGCCCUGCGGCGAAAGCUGUUGGCGGAAGCAGAGAAGAACACGAAAUGCUUGCUGGAAUUGGACCUAUUUGACUUGAUCGAGUAUCAGCACAGAGUCCAGCCAGCUGAUCUGGAGUGCGUGAACACCCCUCUCUGCGGAAAAGACCGGCACAGGGCGCCCUCCGACUUUGCGCACAGGCUGGCGCGCUGCCUCAGAGAGAGGCCUUUAGUAUACUUGCCAGUUUGCGAAAAAGCGUGUGAGGAAAUUGCUGCAAGCAGCGCCAUAGUCCAGGGUGCAACAGAGGGGCUGGGAAGCAAGCGAGACCGCACGUUUGACGUUCAGAUAAAUCUUGUUGACUCGGGAAAGAAACCCACCGCCAUCCGCAGUCUACUCUCGCAGCAGCAGGAGCACUUCGUCGUCACGACGGGAAUUGUCAUCAGCUGCAAAGCCCCAAUAAGUCGCAUGCAGAAAAUAACCAUCCAGUGUCGCUUUUGCAACCACAAGUUGAUAAUUCAUGCAGCUGAGUGGAGAGAGCAGCCGCAGAUGCCGCGGUUCUGUAGAAUGUCGGAGCUGGCAGGUCCUGGCCAAAGCGAAUCCGACUUGGGUUGCAAAAAUAAGCCGGAACCCUAUUUCAUUGUCACCAACGAAUGCACAUUUGUCGAUGUUCAGUUGCUGAAGAUGCAGGAACUUCCCGAAGACGUGCCUACUGGUGACAUGCCUCGCCACUUGCUCCUAAACACUUCUCGCUUUCUUGUUGACGAGGCCACCGCGGGAGAUCGACUGAUAAUCAGCGGGGUGCUCACUACGGAGGUCAGCGCCAAAACCCCCAACGUCGCCGCGGAACGCUACGACCAAAGCGUGCCCCAGCAAGCGUACAUCCACGUGUUGGGAAUCAAGAAAAUCAACUUCUCACCUCUCCUUUCCACUUUGACUUCCCUCGAGCAGCGCUCUCUCUUCCAGAGGCUCAGUCAGGAACCGAAUAUCAUUGACAAAAUUGCGAGGUCUAUUGCCCCUGCUCUCUUUGGAAUGACGGAAGUUAAACGGGCCUGCGCGUGUCUUCUUUUUGGAGGCACUGCCAAGAUUAUUAACGACACCACUCGCAUUAGAGGAGACAUUAAUGUUCUUCUCCUAGGAGAUCCCUCCGUCGCGAAAAGCCAAGUUUUGAAGUUUGUAGCCAAGCUUGCCCCGAUUUCAGUCUACACCUCAGGAAAGGGAAGCAGCGCCGCGGGUCUGACAGCUGCAGUAAUGAGAGACCGCCACGGCGUCUUUAGCUUGGAGGGAGGCUGCAUGUGUCUAGCAGACGGAGGAGUCGUGUGCGUGGACGAGUUUGACAAGAUGCAGGAGCGCGACGUCGUGGCGAUGCAUGAGGCCAUGGAGCAGCAGACUAUUUCUAUCUCAAAGGCCGGGAUUAACACCGUCUUGAAUUCAAGGUGUGCAGUACUGGCGGCGGCCAAUCCGUCUUUCGGCAGCUUUGACGACGCCCAAGACACCACUGAGCAGCACGAAUUUAAGGCAACUAUCCUUUCCAGGUUUGACUUAAUUUUCAUGCUGCGGGACAAAGACGACUACGAAAAGGAUUCGCGCCUCUGCGAGCAUAUUCUAUCUCUGCACGCGCGGCGUGCGGCGCCGCCUCCUCAAGAAGAGGGGGAUAUAAUUCCUUUCGACGUGCUAAGGCGAUAUAUCCAAUAUGCCCGGCAGCAACAGCAACCCCUGCUCUCCCUUGACGCCAGGGACGCGCUCAAGAACUUUUACGUGCAAACAAGGCAAGAAGUUAGGGAAGACAGAAGAUCCGCGACACGGAAAAUACCCAUCACUCUUCGACAGCUGGAGUCGCUAGUGCGCAUAGCAGAGAGCUUCGCACGCAUGGAGCUGGCGCCUGUAGCUCAGGCGUCGCACGUCAAGCGGGCCAUCGAUUUGUUCUCCGCCUCUACUGCUGAGACCGCCAAGCACUCCCUCGUCUUCGAGUCCCUCACUCCAAUGCAGCAGAAAGCUGUCAAGCUCGCGGAAGAUGCUCUCAUGGGUCGGUUGCAGCCGGGACAAAGAGCCCUUCGUCGCAACAUUGUUAGAGAUCUCCAGCAACAAGGAUACGAUAAGCUUGUGGUGCAAAGGGCAAUCUCAAUCCUCGUGCGGCGAGGCGACCUUCAAGAAAGGGGUGACCGAUCCAUUAGGAGGCCGUGA